AUGGCCGACAAUAUACCGGAGAAAUCGAACAACAACGUCGGUAACAUCUUCACUCAACUUGUCUCCGCCGUGAAACCGAAAUCUGUGACGGACAAAGACGCUAAGCAAAUCUACGACUGGCUGUAUGCGGCCGCACCUUAUCUCAUAGUUGCCGCCAUCUUCUGGAUCAUCGGCGUGUGCUGCUGCCGCUGCUUGUGCGGAAGAAGACGGUCGGCUGGGAGAAUGAACGCACCCGGGAGACGUCCGACGAGGUUGCCUAGGGCUGCUUUUGAACGUAACCCUAGAGGCUAUUUCCGAGACCUUCGUGGCAGGCCUAACGAUUUUUCGUAUAAUUAA